AUGUCCCAGCUGCUUGACAAGGUUGGACCAGCUUUCUGUGGAGUUAAGCAAACUAAGAAGCUGAAAUUUGAUGCUGAUCCAGUUGAAUUAUUUGAAAUUCCAGUAAAGGAAUUAACAUUUGACCAGCUCCAGUUGUUAAAGCUCGCUCAUGUGACUGCACUAAAAUCUAAAGAUCUGAAAGAAUCUGUGGUUGAGGAAGAAAAUUCUUUUUCUGAAAAUCAGCCAUUUCCUUCUCUUAAGAUGGUUUUAGAGUCUUUGCCAGAAGACGUAGGGUUUAACAUAGAAAUAAAAUGGAUCUGCCAACAGAGGGAUGGAAUGUGGGAUGGUAACUUAUCAACAUAUUUUGACAUGAAUCUGUUUUUGGAUAUAAUUUUAAAAACUGUCUUAGAAAAUUCUGGGAAGAGGAGAAUAGUGUUUUCUUCAUUUGAUGCAGAUAUUUGCACAAUGGUUCGGCAAAAGCAGAACAAAUAUCCCAUAUUAUUUUUGACUCAAGGAAAGUCUGAUAUUUAUCCUGAACUCAUGGACCUCAGGUCUCGGACAACCCCCAUUGCAAUGAGCUUUGCACAGUUUGAAAAUCUACUGGGGAUAAAUGCACAUACUGAAGACCUGCUCAGAAACCCGUCCUACAUUCAAGAGGCAAAAGCUAAGGGACUAGUCAUAUUCUGCUGGGGUGAUGAUACCAACGACCCUGAAAACAGAAAGAAAUUGAAGGAAUUUGGAGUUAAUGGUCUAAUUUAUGAUAGGAUAUAUGAUUGGAUGCCUGAACAGCCAAAUAUAUUCCAAGUGGAGCAGUUGGAACGCCUGAAGCAAGAAUUGCCAGAGCUUAAGAGCUGUUUGUGUCCCACUGUUAGCCGCUUUGUUCCCUCAUCUUUGUGUGGUGGGGAGCCUGACAUCCAUGUGGAUGCCAAUGGCAUCGAUAACGUGGGGAGUGCUUAGUUUUGAUUGGACAGAGGCCAUUGUGGGGCAUGUACCGCUGUUCUGGAUAUUCAGUUUUCAUCAGUGAAGCAUUGUUUUUCUAUGUCUUUUAGGUUUCUUGGUCCAAUGAAGCAAUAAUGAAGUAUUUUACUAUUUCACUACUGUUCUUGCUAGAAUUUCAAAAGUAUGCUAUUUAAAUCACUUGGCCAGGUAUAACUACCAGUCAUUCUCUUUACAAUGAGAAAAUUUAUUGGUUGGUAAAUAUUUUAAACUAAAUAUGUAAACGUAUAAUGUUAAACAAAUGUUCAUUAAAAGCAUAGCACUUUGAAAUUAACUAUAUAAAUAUCUCAUAUUUACACUUCUUACAGCUUUUCAUUUGAUCAGGCCUGAAAUAUUUAGUACUUGAGGAACGUGGCUGUGCAUAAUUAUACCUGACCAUGGAAGAAAUAAGUACCUCAAAUGCAUGCAUUUGCACUGGUGAUUCCAACUGCGCAAAUCUUUGUGCCAUCUGUGUAUAUAUGUGUUUUUUACAUGUGUUGACAUGCACAUAUACCAUUUUCAUUCAGUAUGAACCUUGAGGCUGCUGCCAUCUUCCCACUUAACCAAACCAAUGCCUGUGUAAACAGCCUGGGGGUGAUCCUUAAAAACUUGUUUCAUGCGUCUUUCAAAAGUUGUUUUGCAUAAAUGUUAAAAUUUCACAAUGCUGCAGGGUAAUCUAAUGUAUAAAAUAUUAGAAGUAUGUAUUGCAUACUUAGUAGAGUAGAUCAUAAUGUAUAAAUUCUAUUCAAUGCAUGCUUUAGGUUUCAAGCAUGAGAUUGUUCACGUUUACUGUAAGUCCUUGCAUCUGUGGUGCUAGGUGAGUGUGAGAAGAUGUCAAGGACUGAAGAUAUUUUGUUGCCUAAAAAAAAAACUCUGUUUGUAGGCAUUUUGAAUACGCUUAUUUUAAGUGUCUCUCACUACCUAUUACACACAGUUGCUUUGUGGGUUUGUUUUGUGUGUGUGUCUUGUACAGUAGUUAAAUCUCCAUGCAGAAAAAUAAAUGUCCUGAAUUCUCAUAUUGGUAUUCUUUAUUGGUUAAUGUAUAUCAUGCAUGUAAUUUAUUUAGGAAUGUAGAAGAUCCUACUAAGUGUAUAUGCAUGUUUUUAGGAUUAUACUAAUGUUUCCUUCAUCAGAAGCAGUUUGUUUUGGCAUAACUGUAAUUUAAGAAUGAAUGUUAAAUAAAAUACACAGAUUUAUUUUCUUCAUUAUAAAAUGUAAUUUUAAAAAGGUGUUACUUUUGUGGAAUUGGUUCUAUAAUAUUCUUAUGAGAAGUUGGAAUUUAGUACCUACCCUAAAGGGAUGGCUUGUUUGCGUCUCCAUUUUACUGCAUGUUCUUCACUAGGCAGUUUAUUCAUGUACUGACAUAUUUUGGUAGUAGCUGAGAACCUAAGACUUGGAAUUACGCAUUGUAUCUUUUUAUUUUUUAAGUCAAACAAUCCAGUUUGGGUCAGAUCUUAAUUGUGUGAGGAUAGGCUUUGAAAUCCUGUGGUACCAUGUUUGUAACACUGAUGUUUGAUGGAAAAUAGUUGGAAAUGGAGUCUUCUACAAGGGUUCUAUAUACUUUUCCCAUGUUGAAUGAGAUUUUCCAACUCUUUGGUGUGAAUUAGGCACUUUUAGAAAUCUUCUGAAAAAAUUAGUUUUCUUCAUCUGUAGACCUCUGUACAAUACAAGUACCAUUACCUCUGGUCACUUAAUUAGCCAUAUAUGCACAUUUCUAGGCCUCUUUGUUUGUUUUAUGCUUUUCCAGUUCCAGCCUCAUUUUGAAGACUCGCCAGAUGAUAAAGGGAAAGAAGAGAGGAUGAGGAAAGGAGGUGAUGGGGGGUGUGGAGUUUUCCUGAACAGUGUAAUUUGCUGAGAAGGACUUAGACUGCUCAUGACACAGACAGAACCUCAUUGCUCACUUUCUUUCCUGUCUCUUCCUGACCUUACAAGCCAGGGUUAGUGUUGAUUAAAACAUAACAGACAGUGGCUCCCCAUUUUUAUAGGACUAAGCCUGGGCUUCCAUGUCACUAGCUGUUGCCGUGUACACUCUGCGCCUGUGCUAGGCCCUGGCCACACCAUGCGCCUACACUCUCCCUGUGUGUAGCCGUGUGCCCUCGGCCUAGAAGCUUUGACCUCCCCGCAGAUGCUUUCUCCUUGCCAAACUCAUUUCUCCUUGAGCCCUUGACCUCUCUCCCCUGAGCCCUUGCUGAAACUCCUUCGGAAGGGAUGGCUCGAUCGUUUUUACUCCAUAGCCAUGUGUUCAUAUCUUGAUCACGCCGUGCGUCUUAGCACAUUCUGGGUGGGCACGGUUGAUGUUUGUCUCAUCUGCCAGGCUUCGGGCUCUUCAAGGGCGGGGACCUUGUCUUACUCAUUUUUAUUUCCACAGUGCGUGGAACAUAGUAGAAAAUAAAUGUUGGAAUUAUUGGGAUAAUAUAAUUUGUAUCAAAUGCCCUUUUGAAUUAAGAGAUUUAGAUAUGUUUACUAAGAAGGUAAACUUUGAAUUGGUUUACAUUUUGACAGUUGGGACAGUUUCUUGAUGUCAAUUUUAAAUGUAGAGGUAUAACGUUAAUUGUUUUAUAUUUUCUGGAAAUUGAGUGAAAUGUUUGAUAAAAUGCUGCCAUUGUUCUCUGGUAUUUUCUACUCUCUGGAAUUAUGUACUGUAACUGACUGAUGUAAAUGUGAGGAACAUACUCAUUCCUCUGUGGUAGUGCCUGAGGCCUCCACAGCCGCCCGUUUACCUCACUCCCAUUGCUCCAUGUGACCCUUCCCUUUCUUCUCCCCUCCAGACCCCACGCUCACGGCUACCUCAGUACCGCUUUCCUUGUCUGAAAUGCCUUCUCUGUCUUCCUUCAGUGUCCAGCUCAAGUGCCACCUCCUCCAUAAAACUGCCUCCGCUUUUGAUCAGUCACGAUGCAGACGGCCUCUAAAUCUCACUACUCCAUUUUGCAGCUGGGGUGAUAAACCCAGAGAAGUCCCCUGACUUACCAGGCCGGGAGUGGAACUGAGUUUUGUGACUCCUAAUCCUAUGUUCUUAAACUACUCUGCCUUCUGAAUUCUUAGGGCAUUUCUUAGCAUAUGCUUUCUUAGAGUCCAGCUUACUAUGUGCCUGUCCUAUUUCCCUAAUAAGAUUGUAAGCCCCUUAAGGGCAGGGACUUCUUUGCAUUCUACCACUCCUAUAGUAUUCUAUAUUUAGUUAUGAACUAGAUAAAUAAAUGGUGGUGGCAACAA